UUACCCCAAAUUCCAAUUGAAUUGAUUUCUCCAUCUCGAGUAUUCCGAGUUCCGACAAGACUGAGAGAGAUCAUUCAAUUCCCUGAUCAAGCAUUUAUAUGCUCUUAAAUUAAUAAAGCGUUCUAAAUUUUAUUUGUGAGUUGUGAUUCGAUUUUGUGAAGAAGGGAUCAUCGCAUGGUGCGUCUGGUUUGUCCCCAGAUCCGGCGAUGAAGGCGGCCUUCAACUCCCUGCACGGGCGGCAGGCAGUGAUGGCGGCGGACCGGAAGUGGAUAGCCCCUUUGGCCGUCGGCGCCACCGUCUCCCUGGUGCUUCUCCUCUUCCUCACCACACUCUCCUCUCCGGACGUCCCCCUCUCCCUGCUCCCUCUCUCCCUGCUCCCCUCCGCGCUACUAUCACACCCUUUCACCGCCUUCUACGCCCCUGUGUACGUCGAGUCCAAGCUCCGUCAGACCCCUCCCUCCUCCUCCGUGGGCACCUCCCCGCCACCACCCCGCCUCGCAUACCUUAUCUCCGGAACCGUCGGCGAUGGCAACAUGAUCAAGCGCGUCCUUCUCGCCCUUUACCACCCCGCCAAUUGCUACGUGGUUCACCUCGAUCUGGAGGCCCCCGCCGAGGAACGCGAUGAUUUAAGGGAUUACGUCGCUAGCCAUCCGCUCUUUGCUGCCGUCGGGAACGUCAGGAUGAUCACGAAGGCCAAUCUUGUCACGUACCGGGGGCCGACCAUGGUGGCGAAUACUCUCCAUGCCGCGGCGAUAUUGCUAAAGGAGGGCGGGGAUUGGGAUUGGUUCAUCAAUCUCAGUGCUUCGGAUUACCCCCUUGUCCCCCAGGAUGAUUUGUUGCAUAUGUUCUCAUAUUUGCCAAGGGAUCUCAACUUCAUCGAUCACACUAGUAAUAUUGGGUGGAAGGAGUUCCAGAGGGCGAAGCCCAUAAUUAUAGAUCCAGGGUUGUACUUGACUAAGAAAGCUGAUGUCUUCUGGAUUCCACAAAGGAGGAGCGUGCCCACUGCCUUCAAACUAUUCACAGGUUCUGCAUGGAUGGCUCUCUCUCAUUCUUUCGUUGACUAUUGCAUCUGGGGUUGGGACAACCUUCCACGAACUGUCUUCAUGUACUAUGCCAAUUUCAUCUCCUCACCAGAAGGUUACUUCCAUACUGUCGUAUGCAAUGCACAGGAAUACCGCAAUACCACUGUCAACCAUGACCUCCACUUCAUUGCAUGGGACAAUCCGCCAAAGCAGCAUCCUCACUACCUCAACCUUAAUGAUAUGUCACGCUUGGUAGAUAGCAACGCACCAUUUGCACGCAAAUUUCGAAGGGAUCAUCCUAUACUCGACAAGAUAGACGCUGAACUGUUAUUUCGUAGGCCAGAUAUGAUUGUUCCCGGAGGGUGGUGUGCAGGUAGUAAAGAAAAUGGCAGCGACCCUUGCCUGGUUGUGGGAAACACAACCAUUCUUCGACCUGGCCCUGGUGCGAUCAGGCUCGAGCAACUUAUGCUAUCACUUUUAUCAGAUAAGAACUUCCGCCCAAGGCAGUGCAAGUAAUCACACGGAAGCCUUCAAUCAAAAUUGUAGGUUGUGUAAUUUCAUGUAAGCACAUGGUUAGCUCGCGUCAAGCACGAUGAGAUCAAAGGGGUGCAUACAGAAGCUUGUUUCUUUAUUAACAUCAAAUCCAGAAGUGCUCACGUUGAGAUUGCUUUGACUGCGUAUGUGUGUAGCCUUCAUGUUGAGUCCAUGUUAGCCUUAACACUUAUUUCUUUAUUUCUUACAUGUUCCAUUACAUAAAAUUUUGAAAUCCAUCUGAGGUUGGAGAGAAAGAGCUGCAUACAAUAUUUAUGCUUCUAGGUAUGUUUCAAGUUAUCUUGUAUUAUUGUAUUCUUUUUUCUUUC